AUGGAUCCUGAACCUGGUUCUCACGUUUUCGAUUCAUUGAUGUCUUCCCCUUCCAUUUUUUGGUCCAAAACUUCAAAUGUUUGCCACUUCCUUCCUCCACUCAUAUUCUUCUUUUCCUUAUUUCACGUUGGAGCUGAGGCCACCAACAAUCAAAAUGUCGUUGCCAUAGGAGCAAUCCUCAACCUUAGCUCUCGUGCUGGCAAGGAAGAGAAAGUUGCUAUUGAACUUGCAGCUCGAAAUUACAACGGCAGUUCAAAGUACCAUAAGCUAUCUCUACAUUUCGACGAUUCCAGAGGGAUCGCCAUAAGAGCAUUUUCUAUCGCCGAAGAGAUGAUUAGAAUGAAGAAAGUGCAAGUGAUAAUUGGCGGGCUCUCAUGGCAAGAGGCAGUUUUGGUAGCUGAGGUUGGAAGUCAAGCUCAAGUUCCUGUUAUUUCAUUUGCUGCACCAGUCACCACCCCACUGUUGUCAUCAUUUCAUUGGCCUUUCUUAGUAUUAAUGGCUAACAAUUCCACUGCAUUUGUAAAAUGUGUUGCUGAUGUAGUUCAUGCCUACAAUUGGCAAAGAGUUACUGUGAUUUAUGAAGAGGAUGCAUAUGGUAAUGCUUAUGGGAUGCUAGCAUUUCUAUCUGAGGCACUGCAAAAUGUUGGUUCACAGAUUGAGCUCUCUUUGGCUCUUCCUCCUUAUUCUUAUUCUUCUGUGGCUCAUCCUGGUGGAGAAGUUCAACUAGAGCUGCUGAAGCUACUCAACACUCAAUCUCGUGUCUUCAUAGUUCUGCAGUCAUCAAUACCUAUGGUAACUUGUUUGUUUGCAGAAGCUCAAAAGAUGGGACUUGUGGAUAGGGAAACAGCUUGGAUAGUUCCAGAAAGCAUUACAUAUAUGCUAGAUUCUGUUGCUGACUCUGUCAUUUCUUCUAUGGAAGGUGUUUUGGGAAUCAAGACUUAUUCCUUACAAAAUAGCACUGAAUAUCAAAGUUUCCACGUUCAGUUCAGAAAAAGCUUUCAAAAAGAAAAUCCAGAAGAUGACCCUAGACCUGGAUUUUAUGCUCUGCAAGCAUAUGAUAGCAUUGGAGUUGUUACAAGGGCCAUGGAGACAUUAAGAAAUGAUAUCAGUAGUCCUAAGAUAUUUCUAAAAGAAAUGCUGUCUUGCAAUUUCCUUGGUUUGAGUGGAAAAAUAGAAUUUGAACAUGGGCAGGCCUUGCCCUCACCUAUAUUUAGGAUUGUAAAUGUAAUUGGAAAGAGUUACAAAGAAAUAGACUUUUGGACAGAAGAGUAUGGAUUCUCCAAAACCCUUUCCUUUGAAUUAGCUGGUCAGAAUGCAAUAGAAGGUUUGGCUGGUCCUGUAAUUUGGCCUGGGAAUUUAAUGAGGCCUCCAAGGGGUUGGAGUAUGCCUACAAGUGCAAAACCAAUGAAAAUUGGUGUUCCAAGAAAGACUCCAUUUGAGAAGUUUGUGAAGGUAGAGAACAAUGAAUACUCAAAUCAGACCAAGUAUAGUGGAUUCUGCAUUGAAAUUUUUCAAAAAAUUAUUGAUCUAUUGCAGUAUGAUCUACCAUAUGAAAUAGUUCCCUUUAAUGGAACCUAUACUGAUCUGGUUUUUCUUGUCUAUAACAAGACUUUUGAUGCCGUUGUUGGUGACUUAACCAUUGUGGCUGAUAGAAUGCAAUACGUGGAUUUUACAUUGCCAUAUGCAGAGUCAGGAUUGUCAAUGAUAGUUCCAGCAAAAUCUGAGGAUACAACUCUGAUUUUUAUGAAGCCCUUUACUUGGGAAAUGUGGAUCGUUAUAGUUUCUGUCUUGAUCUACACCAUGUUAACAGUUUGGUACUUAGAGCGGGAUUCCAAUCCAGAAUUUAGUGGUCCAUGGAAGACUCAAAUCAGCAUUGCUCUAUGGUUUACUGUGUUUUCUCUAUUCUUUGCCCACAGGGAGAAAAUCUAUAACAAUUUCACUCGAAUGGUGAUUGUUGUGUGGCUCUUCCUUGGUUUGAUUCUAACCUCAAGCUACACUGCUAAUCUAUCCUCAAUGCUCACCGUUCAACAAUUACAACCAAAUGUUAAAAAUAUUGAGUCACUUAAGUGGAGCAACUCUAAAAUUGGUUUCUCAGGUGAUCCAUUUGUGAGAAAAUAUUUGGAAAGCGUGCUUCAUUUCAAAUCACAGAAUAUUAUCAAAGUUAGCAGGGAGUACAACUAUACCGAAGAGUUCAAAAGCAAGCGUAUAGCUGCUGCAUUUAUUGAAAUCCCCUACGAAAAGGUAUUCAUGAGCAAGAAUUGUAGAGGAUAUUCUGCCUUCACACCUACCAACAGAUUUGGAGGACUAGGCUUUAUGUUCCAGAAAGGUUCUCCAAUUACCAGGGACUUUUCCAAAGGUAUAUUGCAGCUCUCAGAGAAUGGAGACUUGAAGUCACUAGAAGAUAAAUGGUUGAACAACCCGGAUGAGUGUUCAACCAAUAUAACUACCAAUGCCAACGGAAGUUUGAAGCUUCAAAGCUUUUGGGUUCUUUUUGCAGUUUCUGUUUUCACUUCAACCUUUUGUGUGAUAAUAUCCAUGGUGUUGUCAAUGAAAAAUAAUGAACAGUAUCAACAAGCAUUUGAAGGAGAUUGUGGGUGUUCAGCUGUAGAGACUGUCUGGAAGAAGGUGCUCAUUCUAGCAAACUAUAUAUACUAUACAGAAAGUAGUAAACAAAGUCAAGCCUUAAAUUCAGCUCAUAUAGAGGGUGUAGAAGAAUUCUCUUUGGAGCUCCAACAAGGCAGCACUUCUAAUACAUUGGAUCAAAAUUAA